GGCCAGAAACCGCCAGUAGUAGUGCUAGUAGUCAGCGGAAUUGAAUUGUUUCUAUGCACAUGUGACUAAAAAACCACGUUGUUUGAAUUAAACUUACAAUGACGAAGAAAAUAUUGAAGAGAAAGCAAGAAGAAGAAGAAGUGGAAAAACAAAAUAAUCCAAAAAAGAGAACAUCAGACGAGCCUGCUGCUAAAAAGGUAAAAUGGAUCAACCGGCAACGAGUAUUGGUAUUUGCCACUCGAGGUAUUAAUCACAGACAUCGACAUCUUAUGGAAGAUUUGAAGACGUUGAUGCCACAUCAUCGUCCAGAAUGCAAGAUGGAACGCAGUCAGAAUUUGCAAGUAGUGAAUGAAAUGUGCGAAAUGAAGAAUUGCAGUAAGGCUAUUUUGUUUGAAGGCCGAAGGAAGCGUGAUCUUUACGUAUGGUUUGCUAAUGUAUCCACUGGCCCAAGUAUAAAAUUUCUUGUGGAAAAUAUUUACACAAUGGGGGAACUGAAGAUGACAGGAAAUUGUUUAAAGGGAUCUCGGCCAUUGCUAUCGUUUGAUGAAAAUUUUACCAAACAUGCACAUUACAGUCUUUUGAAGGAGUUACUGAUGCAGAUUUUUGGUGUACCAAAUCAUCAUCCUAAAAGCCAGCCAUUCUUUGAUCAUGUAUAUACGUUCAGCAUUCUGGAUAAUAGGAUAUGGUUCCGAAAUUUUCAAAUUUUAACUGAAGAUGGUGGAUUAGCUGAAAUUGGACCAAGAUUUGUCUUGAAUCCGGUUAAAAUUUUUGCUGGAAGUUUUGGCGGUAAUACUUUAUGGGAUAAUCCGCAUUAUAUUUCCCCUGCUAAGUAUCGGCAAUCGUUAAUAAAGAAAGCUGCUAACAAAUACAUAAACAGAGUAGAACAGAAAAUGGCACGAGAAGCAAACAAGCCUGAAAAAUCUUAUGUACUCAAUCCUACAGAUGAGAUAUUUAAAGGUGAUCCGUUAGAAAAAGCAGUGGAAAUGGAAGAAAAGCUCGAGACAUUAGAUAAAAGUGAAAAUAUGAAAAAUGUUAAAAAGAGAAAAGCAAAAAAAAUUAAAAAAUCUGUAGUACAAAAAGUUAAAGCAAAAUCUACAAGACCCAAAAAUUUGAAGAAGAAAGGAAAAUCUUCAUGAAUAAAUUUUAUUUUGUAACGUUACUAUUAAAAUAAUUAAUAUGAAUGAUCUUA